AAAAUAAAAGGCAAACCGAGUGAACUCCGUAACCAGUUAACUUUAAAAAAGAAAAAAAAAUUUAGAAAACCUGUUGGCGGGUAGAUUAUCGGCUAACGAUUCUCCUCGUGCAACAUCCCUACUAGCGUGACCCGCAUGAUGGGAAAGCCACGUGCAUUUGAUUCGGCCACGUUUAUCCUCCCGCUCCUCGCGUAAGCAGUUGAGGCGAGGAGGUUUGGGAAGGACCUUGCCGAGUGGGCGACACGCUUGUAAAAAGAAAAAAAAAAGGAAAGUAAAGCAAAUUAAAGGAUAGGAUGACGAACGGUGGGGAGCAAAGCGGCCAGGUGGCAACCGAUGACCACCCGGAAACGAACGCAGCUGACGAGACGGUAAAGGAGGAUCACCCAGAAAUGAAACCAACGGGUGAGGCGGUAAAGGGGGACCACCCAGAAACGAACGAAGCUGACGAGACGGUAAAGGAGGACCACCCCGAAAUGAUCCCAACGGGUGAGGCGGUACAGGCGGAUCACCCAGAAACGAACGAAGCUGACGAGACGGUAAAGAAGGACCACCCGGAAACGAACCCAACCGUCGAUGCAGUAAAGGAGGACCCCCCCCAGACGAACCCAACGGGGGAGGAGAACCAUGCCUUGAAGAAACCCAACCAGAGAGACAAAAAGAUAAGCAAGAAAAACAAAAAAAACAAAAAAAAAAAAAAGGGGAAAAAAAAGGAAAAGAACAUUUUGGAGGAACACGAAGGAAAUAACGCCUCGGGGGGCAGCGAAGAAGGGGGUGAUUCUGGAAGCCCCUUGGAGAUGAGCCAAGACGAGGGACAAACAGAAGGGCAGCAGAUCUCUUCGGUCGUUUCAUUUUUAAAGAGGAAUGAGAGGCCUCCUCGGCCUAAUGAGGAAGGUGCUAAGGCCAAUGAGAAGCAGCCCACAACCAGGGAGAAGACCCAAAAGAAACCCCCACGUGGUGAGGAAGCCACGCAGGAAGACAAAGCUAAGCGAUCCGUUUUCAUUGGGAAUCUGCCCCUCAAGGACAUGCACAAGGCGAAGCUGCUAAAGCUGUUGGAUUUGAAGAAGUCCGCCGUUGAAUCGGUUCGAUUCCGGUCUCAACCCAUGGAGGAGGCCUACGCCGCGAGGAAAAAGCUGGGCGUCAUUUUGAAGAAGUUCACGGACGCCAAGGACAACCAGAACGCCAUCAUCACGCUGAAGAAGGAGGAGAGCCUGCCCGACUUGCUUAAAAAGAACGGGCUGGUCCACGAGGGCUACGUGCUGCGAAUCAACAUGCUGGGGGAGAAGCCAACAUUCAACCGCAAGAAAUCCGUCUGCAUAAAAAAUUUGGACCGAAAGUUAAACGAGUCGGACCUGUACCGCUUGCUGAAGGACGUCGACGAGAUAAGAGGCAUCCGCAUCUUGAGGGAUGAACGCACGAGCGUCUCCACGGGAGUCUCCUUCGUCCUCUUCCAAAACAGGAGCUCCGUCAAGAAGGCCAUCGAGAUGUUCCACGGCCACUCAGUAAACGGCCGUGAACUUGUCGUCGAGAAGAUCCAACGAGCGGACGACCCACGGGAUGCACCCAAAGAUGCGACGAAGCAAAGCAAGCAGGUGAAACGAACCAUUGGGAAGAAGCCCCGGGAGGAGCAGAAGAAAGGCCACGGGAAGGGGCAGAAUAUAAGCCAUGGGAAGGGGCAGAAGAAUGGCCACCAACCGGCCAACAGAGCCAGACGAAAGAAGAAGUACGUGCGGCGGAAACGCAAGGGCGGCGCUGCUGCCGCGAGCGGGUAG